AGAUUAAACUAUUUGCAGCCUCACCAAAGUUUGAACUUUUGUGCAUUAUUAGAUUUAUAUUGUACAUAUUAAUUAAGAAAAGGAGGAGCCUUCCAGUGCAUAAAACCUUACACAUUAUUUCAUAUAUAUUAUAUGUACAUACAUUUAUAUACUUACUCAGUUCUGAAUUGAGGUUAGAAAAUUUAGUGAUAUCGUGUAAUCGAAAAGUAAACAUCAGAGCAUCAAAAUUUCCAACUGGAGCAGAGCAAACUAGAAUCUCAACUUUAGAUUCUACUGCUCAAUGUCCAACAUUGAGGAGGUGGAUAGUAACAACUUUCUCAUGAGAUGAAAUAACACUACACAGUCUGAGUGCUAACGAUGCAUUGGGAACUACACGUCGUUUGAAGACACUGGUUGUCAUUGGCUGCGAUGUCAGACCCAAUGUUCGCCACACCCCGGCCCGCAAACGCGCUCACCCUCAACAUCAAUGAUGUCAUUGAGGUGAUCGGGGACGACAUGGCGGGGACGGGGACGGGCGCCACGGGCCUCAUGUACGGGGACGGCAACAUCACCAACGGGGGCGGCGGGGGCGGCGCGGCCUCGGCGCCCUCAGAGGCCGACUACUCCACACUGAGCACCGCCACCACCACCGUCGACCCCAUGCUGCACCUCAAGCAGAAGGCCUACGUUCGCAUCAUCGAGCAGCCGCAGGCGAAGGCGCUGCGCUUCCGCUACAUCUGCGAGGGGCGGUCGGCGGGCAGCAUCCCUGGGGUGCGCAGCACCGCUGAGAACAAGACUUACCCGGGCAUCCAGGUGCGUACCAUCGGCAUCCAGGUGCGUACCAUCGGCAUCCAGGUGCGUGCCAUCGGCAUCCAGGUGCGUACCAUCGGCAUCCAGGUGCGUACCAUCGGCAUCCAGGUGCGUACCAUCGGCAUCCAGGUGCGUACCAUCGGCAUCCAGGUGCGUUCCAUCGGCAUCCAGGGCGCUUGUGGCUCUGGGUUUGGUCACCGCAACCAGCCCCAAAGCAUCGACCUGAACGCGCUGCGCCUUUGCUUCCAAGUGUUCCUGGAGGGCCACACCAAGGGCAAAUUUACCUUCCCUCUCAAGCCUACGGUGUCCGAGCCCAUAUAUGACAAGAAAGCGACAUGCGACCUGCUGAUAUGCAAGCUCAGUGACUGCACCAGCAGCGUCGCUGGGGGCAAGGAGGUCAUUCUCUUGUGCGACAAAGUUACCAAGGAGGACAUUCAGGUGCGUUUUUACGAAGUCACAGACGGGCUCAUCAGCUGGGAAGCCUUGGGUGAAUUCCAGCCGUCAGACGUGCACAAGCAGGUGGCCAUAGCCUUCAAAACCCCGAGAUACAAGACGCUUGAGAUCGAGAACCCCGUGAAGGUGUACAUCCAACUUCAGAGGCCCUCGGACAAGACGACAUCAGAACCUCGGCCCUUCGAGUACCUUCCAUUGGACUCAGACCCUGACUACGUAAGACGCAAGAUCGCGCGCCUCGGCAACGCUACAAACUCGCAGCACAUCGGUCGCUUCAUCGCUGAUAACAUUCAAGGUUUAGGCGAGGCAGGCAUCGACGUCCCGCGACCCAUCCGCGUGGCGUCCCGCAGCUCCCGCGGUCCCGAUAAGGUCAAGAUGGAGCCUCCAGGUCAGUGUAUGGAGCCUCCAGGUCAGUGUAUGGAGCCUCCAGGUCAGUGUAUGGAGCCUCCAGGUGGAGGUAACGCCAUCGGCGUCACGAGUGCAGGAAACAAUAGCAACUAUUCGAUGUUAUUGGGUGGCUCGGUCGGAGGUAUCGUCACCGUGACCUCCCCCGUGCUGUCCCCACCUGCCGCUGGUGACGCCACCGUCGCUACGAGGCCGAUGGGCGUCGCUACUUCGUCGUCAUCGUCCAGCACGGCUCAUCACUUGCACCUCUUGGACCUGGACUCACAGCGCUUCGUUGUUGACCAGCAACACCACCAGCAUCUUCACCAUCACCAACAACAAAUGGAAAAUACGCAUCUGCAGCCGCAAGGUCUUCUCUCGAGCAACAACACCGGAGAGUUUGAUAUGAACCAAAUAAACUCGGCCGAGUUACGCUACCUCCUCGAUACGGGGGCGGAGACGACUGGGCCUUUCGUUGAAGCUCAUCUCUCAGAGAACCUCUCGUCUAACCUUAACAUUAUUGACCCCAACCCCGCACUCCCCGUAGCCUCAUCGUCAAACUCAAAUAACCUCGACCAGCGAAUGUCCACAGACUUGACUCCAGCCCCCGGCUCUUUCCUGCCGAACAUUUUAGGCUCGGCAGACGUAAGCGCCGCUGGCGGGGCAAAGGAGAGGUCCCUCACCGUCGCCUCUUUUUGCGACAUCCUCAACACACCGACGCAGUCUUCUGACAGCCUUACAAACCUCAAAUCGGAAUUGGAACUUCUCAACAAUUCCUGAAACUUAAGUCCAAAUUUGUUCCUAGCGUUAAGUUGUGCUCUUUUCGUACUAUUGGCUUUGCUUUUGACGAAUUGCUUCUCAUAGUUAUUAGUUAUUUUUACUCAUUUAAUGUUCAUUUUUUCAGAUGUUUAAGAUGAAGUGGUUGAUCCCUGAAUGAGUAUUAUAUAAAUUUCUAUUCGAAUAGUUAUCUCACAGGUAGAGUACAAGCAUAGUGUUCUUUUCUAGUUAUGAAGCUAUUGAAAUACUCGUACUUGGUAACGCAUUAGUUAACUCAACUUCGUUCCACCAUUUAGGUUGAAAAUGUCUAAUGUCAACCUCAACCACGAGGUUAACAUUAGAAAACCUUAUUCCGAUCACUUUUUACUUAAUCAUUCCAUGUAUUUUCGUAUCUGUAAUGCAAUUUUGAAAAUUAAAUUUGAAAUUCCGAAGCAAACUAUUGAAUAGUCAGUCGGAGGUGGAAUUGUUCGUCAACCUUGACCUUAUUUUGGAGCAUCAUAAUUUAAUGGAAGCGAGGUAUUGGAUACCAUCUCCCACGUUAGCAUUAAUUUCUUAGUCGAUGACCAAUUUCCUGCAAAAUCAUGGCACGAGAGAACUUCGUAGAUCUGAGGCGCUAAUAAAUAGGGCCAUUAAAGUAAUUUAGGUUCAUUUCUAUUUUUCGUUGACCUAAAAAGAACGGUUUUCGUGACGCAAAAAUAUAGAAUUAUUACAUCAAUUGAAGGAGGCGCAAUAGUCGGCUGUAAAUUGUGACAAUUGCGGCAGUUGUGCUUACCAGCAACCUACACACUUGUCUAUUGUAAUCUUUAUACAAUUUUAUAUUGUGUAAACCUGUUCUUUUGAGAAUAUUUACAUUUUGAGGGAGACUCGCCUUAAGGUCCUGACUCUUGGAGAUGUGUUAUCCGUUACCAUUUGUGUACCUAGCACUUUAACAUUCAAUUUAUAUCAACGUUACUCGUUGAGAGUGAUUCCCAAACUUCAGUUCACAAAUCAUUAUUAAUACAUAAACCCAUUUCAGUUGGUACCAGAGAAUUUUGGGUUUCAUGAAUAAUUUAGCUACGUAUUACUUAAAUCACAAAUGUUUACUGUAACUAAAUAUGGAACUAAAGAUACCCUGUCAACGCCGUGCAAUCGUCAUCACACGUCACCUGCCUGGUGCCACCGUUUAUUUCAAAUGUACAAAUAAUCAACGAGUUAAUGAUUAGCUCAUCAUAUAAGAUGCAAUAUGUCGUAUUAAUGGCACGCGGUGGUGCCUGGUGUUACGGAGAGUCCAAGCUGUACUCUUAUCAAAAACAGUUUGGGAACCACCAUUUCAGAGGCAAUAAAAAUAUUUCUUUUGAUAUCGAUUUACUUCAGAAUUCACAAAAAAACACGAAUACAACGCUGAAGACAUGAAAAAAGUAGGUAUAUAUUAAUUUUUUAUCAACCCACAAAAAAGAUUCACACUCACAAAUUAUAAAUGAAAGUACACUCA